AUGAUCGGUGAGCUUAUAACAAACUUGAGAGAGUUGAGUCUAGUUGAUUGUAAUCUCACUGAUGAAAGUGUUGUGCUAUAUGCUUCCAUUCAAAAUUCAUCAUCUCCUCUUGUCACCCUUAACCUUAAUGAUAACUCGUUAGAAGGUCCAAUACCUAAUCUUUCAAAUUUUACAUCUUUGAGGGCAUUGCAUCUUUCCAAUAAUCGGUUAACUGGAGAAAUACCUAAAAGCAUUGGGUUGCUACAUGAGUUGGAGUCUCUUCACCUACAGGAUAAUUACUUGGAGGGUGAUAUCAAUGAAUGGCAUCUCACAAAUUUGUCCAAAUUGGAGGAGUUAGACUUAACAGACAACUCGUUGUCUCUAAAGUUUGGUACUACAUGGGUUCCACCUUUCCAAUUAUAUAAUUUGGGACUAGCUUCUUGCAAGUUGGGUCCUAGUUUCCCAAGUUGGCUCCAAAAUCAAAGUCACUUGGUCUUUCCAGAUAUCUCUGAUGCUGGGAUUGAUGACUUUGUGCCAGACUGGUUUUGGAACAAGUUACAGUCUAUAAGUUUGAUGAAUAUGUCUUACAACACUCUCAAAGGCAAGAUUCCACAGUCCAUGGGUACACUUGUUAAUUUGGAAGCUUUGGUCUUAAGACACAACAAUUUUAUUGGAGACCUACCAUUCACCUUGAAGAACUGCACUCGUUUAGAUAUACUAGACUUGAGUGAAAAUUUGUUGUCUGGUCCAAUACUGUCAUGGAUUGGACAAAGUUUACAACAAUUACAAAUCUUGAGCUUGCGUGUAAACCACUUUAAUGGAAGUGUUCCUGUUCAUCUCUGUUAUUUGAGGCAAAUUCAUAUCUUGGAUCUUUCAAGAAAUAACUUGUCAAAAGGAAUUCCAACUUGUCUAAGGAACUAUACUGCGAUGAUGGAAAGCAGAGUAAUCACAAGUCAAAUUGUAAUGGGGCGAAGAAUAUCAUCUACAUCAAUCUCCCCUCUCAUUUAUGACUCUAAUGUGUUAUUGAUGUGGAAAGGUCAGGAUCAUAUGUAUUGGAAUCCAGAGAAUCUUCUAAAGAGCAUUGAUCUCUCAAGUAAUGAUUUAACAGGUGAAGUACCAAAAGAGCUUGGAUAUUUACUUGGAUUGGUAUCUUUGAAUUUAUCAAGAAACAACUUACAUGGACAAAUUCCUUCUGAGAUUGGGAAUUUAAAUUCGUUAGAAUUUCUUGACUUAUCAAGAAAUCAUAUCUCAGGAAAAAUUCCAUCUACUCUUUCCAAAAUUGACCGUCUUGCUGUCUUAGACUUAUCAAACAACGAUCUCAAUGGAAGAAUCCCUUGGGGAAGACAGUUGCAAACCUUUGAUGGCUCUAGUUUUGAAGGAAAUACGAAUCUUUGUGGUCAACAACUUAACAAAAGUUGUCCUGGAGAUAAGCCAAUAGGGACGCCUGAAGGAGAAGCAGUUGAUGGUGAAGAUGAAGAUUCAAUAUUCUAUGGAGCAUUAUAUAUGAGCUUGGGCCUAGGAUUCUUCACAGGCUUUUGGGGCUUAUUAGGGCCAAUACUACUUUGGAAACCAUGGAGAAUUGCUUACCAAAGAUUCUUGAUCAGACUCACAGACUAUAUACUUCUAAUGGUGGAAGUGAACAUGGCCAAGUGCCAUAUGUGUGGUUCAAAGGCUAGUAGGUACGUAAUUCCAAUAACUUCACCCUUUGGAGCUUCAUAG